CCGGCGCUAUCAUCUGCUCCAACGGAAACGCCAAACGUUAGACUUUAUUCCAUCUUCACUAAUUGUUCACUCUUCUCUUUCAUCUCCUGUUCUCUGUCUCAAAAUUGCCACUCUACUGUCUCUUCGUGGUCUCGACUCGCUUCAGCUCUUUUUCCCCAUCGGUUCUUUUGCCCCUGAGCUAUUGAAUUGAAUGCGUCUCGUUCGACGAGGAAACUUUUGCGAAAAUUGGCCUCUUCUAAACGAGUUUUUUUGUGGUACCAUUGAAUACCAGGGCGCGACAACAAACCAUGAUUCAAUAGCUCGAGUCAUUCUUCGGGAGAGACGGAAUCGAGCCGGACACCAGUUGGAUCGAGACUCAGCCACUGGCCUGAUGCAUGGUGUUGACAUGUCUCAGGUGCUUUGCUGCAACCAUGACAUGCUAUUGAGCAUUGACCUCGACAGGAUAUCUCCAACUGGCCAAACUUACCUCUUCAACUUUAAUUCACAUCGCACAAGGGGCAGCAGGAUACUCUCCACCGUCGCCUCGUCGCCAAUUAACGUACCUCUGGCUCUUCUAUGAGAAAGUCAUAGAAUGACUGGUCCUCGUUGUGAUCCCCCGCCAUGGUGGGAUUGGAAGUCGGAGGCUGCAGCAAAUUCUGGAUCUGCGUAGCCACUUGAGUGUUCGUCCGGCUCUUGUGUUUAGAUGUCUGGAGGAGUGGGCUGGGUAUCGCUUUUGUCUAUGCAACCAGGCGUGCCCUGGCUGUCACUUUGAUAGCAACUGGUCGUCGAUUGUGAUCUAAGGAUCAAGGUAUGAUAUCGAGUGGAAGUGCGAUCGAGCUUCGAUCAGUGAACGUCUUGAUAAACAACUUCCGUUGAUUCAGUCGGCCUGGGCCCGUGGCCGGCACCGUACUUCACCACGGAGGUUGGUAGUUUAAGGGACCCGACUGCUUAUACAGCAAUUUGAAGCCGCAGACUUCGACGUCACUAGAACCUGCUCAAUAGUUCUAGCGCCACGGACGCCGAUUUGCAUUCAACAAGCAAAUUAGAAGAUCGAGGGCCCUAUUCCAGUCCAGGAGGGGCGAUACUGUACGGUAGUCUCGUGCUCCCACCAAACACAAGAUAAAAUGUCACCCCACCGAAGAGAUUUCUCGGCACCACGAGACAAUCGGUCACCUAUUAGGUGACGGAUCGAAUGUCUUUUCAGGCCCUUAAUUCUUUCUCAGAUGAUGAGCGAAUGAGUGGCCGUGCCUUUCGUUUCCACUAACGGCAUUCAAGGUCUUCCUCACUGCCGCUCCGCGUACCUGCUUCACACCAUUGUUAACGUCAGAGCACAUGCUGGGUUGGGUGACAUUUGCCCAGAUCGUCACAUCUUUACUCACAGGUUCCCUCUUCAGCCGCACUAUCGACUGCCUAUCCUCGUGGUGGUCUUCCCUUUUCUCGUACUUCGGCCUCCGGCCCCUUUCCUUCCCCUCCUCCGUCUGUCACCUCUUCCCCUGAGGCUGUGAGAGUCGAGUGACUAGUCACGGGGACAUCCAAAGUUGUCCCGAGGCCUGAGCGGUAAUAUGGUUCGAGGCCCUUGAUGACUACACUCUGGCGUGCUCACGCAUUCGCCCUAGUUAUAGGAUGUGGUGAGAUCUGUUUUGUCAAAAAUAACAUAGGGCAACCUGAUGGUGUUGUGUCAAAGCAGGACAAGCUUCUCUUCCCUUCCCCACGUGAACUAUUAGGCUUCCAAUAGGAAGAUGUGGCUGGUUUGAAUCCGUGGCCGUGGGAAAGCCAAUGCUGAAUGAUGGAGGAGCCAUGUGUGGAUUCAAGUCGACGCCCUGAUUGUGUUUGCAUUAACUCGACAAUCGAAUUGGCCAGUGCCCCCGCCUUUACCGCCCAAAGGGGGACUUGGGGACAGCUUCUGGGAAACCUGAGCUGGAAAUGGACCUGGGAAAUAGGUGGACUCCUUUGGGGGGGGAGGAGACAGGAAACCGGGACUGGGAUUAGGUCCGGGAAGGGGACGGGGACCGACUGUAAGUGGUACUUCGGGCAUUCGUGCUCUGUAAAGUGAUCGGCAUAUCGAGACCUUGCCCAUCCAGCCUUUAUUGGACAUCUUGGCUUGACAAGCCCUACCGCUCACAUGUCAAGCGCGAAAGGGUGCAUGUUUGAGGCGCCUAUAUCUUCCCUGUCAGUGUCGUUCUCCGAGUUCUGUCAGUUUGGCGCGAUGCCGAAUCAUGUUGUAGUAACAAUUGUGAGCGGUCAGAUCUGGAUCUUCUUAAACUAGAUUAUCCGGGCCACUCCGCAAGGCUCUUGCCCGUUCUAAACUGCAGAUUGAAGGACGAUAUUCAACCGUUAUCUCAUAAAAGCCAAGAGUCCAUUCUGUCAAGUGCCACAGCUCGACCAGCCCAGGUAUUCAGGUGGCUCAUCGAAAGAAGGACCACUCGUAACUCGAGAAGCUCACUGGGCAUACUGGGAAUAACGACCAGGUGACUGAGGCACGGCCAUCGUGAUACUAGAUGAUACCACAAGCUUCUUCAUUUUGCUAUGACUUCGUACCGUGGCCCGGUUGUUUCGGAUCCAGCAGCACGGAGAUGAUAACUGUAACUAGAUGGUUCCAUUGAUUUGGUAUUUUUGACAGGAACACUCCAACCAGGUACGGAUGGCUUCUGAUCCAAAUCAGACCGCGUAAUGACCACACAAUUCUGUAUGUAUAUGUCUGUAUUAUGGUGGUCUGAUCCAAGUUCGCAACCGAGGAGCGGGGGGGUGGCUGGCUACAACCAGGGGGGAGGGGCCGCAAGCCUGUAGCCCACCCAACGAAAAUGUAUGCCACGCCUGGGAAAAGAGGACCCUGGGCUAAAGGGAUUCACGUUGGAUGCUGAAGCUAAGACGUUUCGAGGGAAUUGGGGACUAAUGAAGCCGGAUGUGGUUGUUGGCCGUUGAGCUGAUAUGUCGUUUUGGGGGGGGCGUCGUUAGGAUUGAACAUGACGGACGGGAAAGACAACGGUUUUUUGUGGGCUAAACCAUGUCCAUCUAUCGCUGCCGUCUUCGUGGCGGUAGUCUUUUUUAGCCCUUUCGUUCGACGUCACUGUUUCUGGGUCUUGUUUCCUCUUUUCGGCGGUGACAUCUUUUUUUGAUGGCGUUGAGUUUGCUGCAGAGUGUGAACAACUCGUGCUCGUCGACCGAGAUAGUGCAGACAAGUCGUUGGUCGAAAGCCAACGUCACUUCCGAAAGGAAAAGGAAUACAUCCCCCUUCACCCUAUGCAAAGUGCAGUUAUCCCGGAGCUGCUUCUCCUCUUGUGAAACAGACAAUCGAUUAUGUAGUGGCAGGGCUUGCAUAAUAGUUUGUGUGGCUUGCUCAGCCCUGGCAAUUCAUAUCGAAAUGUUGUAUAGCUCAUAUUCAGCCCUGAUCUACGUUCGGCCGCGAGUAAGUUGCCUUGUGAAGAAAGUUUCUUGGGAUGGAUCAAAUACAGGCGGAAUUAGUCAACCGUAUGAAACAGAGGAAAGCGUCAUUUCGGAAGGCAGCCGCACUUUCCUAGGACAACGAAUGGACUGGAUGCCACAGACAGAUACUGUGCCUAGGUAACUGCCAACCCUGCGCCUGCCCUGUCCUGCACGGGGAGUAAGGUGUUUGGGAAGGUGCGACGCAGAACGGAUACCUUCUUCAUGCCAGGUAUUACACGAUGUGCGCGUUGUGUGUGGAGCUGAUGAGGAGGAAGGUUGGAUGUAGUAUAAGGUAACGGACAAGAGAAUUGUAGUGUUAGUUACUUGAUGGGAAACCGAAGGAAUUGCUCGAAAAGACGAAGGAUUUAUAGAGAUCGUGACAGGUCAACUUCCCUGCCACUUACACAGAUUCAGUUCAGGUCGAGCAAGUCAUAGUUACGUCUUAAACUCAUGACCCAGGCAUUAUUUGUGAUACCCUCCAGGCUCCAUGCUCCAGGUACCCCUGAUCCUCGGUUCUGCAGGCCGAGUAGCCGGCCGUUCAGG